AUGGUAGAUCAAGAAAAACUGAUGACAAGAAAACUCACUGUCAUUUUUAUAUUUGUCAUAUUUGUUGGACAAAGUGGAGCCCAACUUAACUGUUACGUUUGCUCUAGAUGCUCGGAUCCAUUCACCUCCUACGCAAUAGGAGUUUCCCUUAGUUCUCAGUGUCGGUUUUGUAAGACUGUCUUCAUAUAUGAUGAAAAAAUGGUGAAAUUCCAUAUCGAAAAGUCGUGUGGUAAAGUGAAUGAAAGUUGUGUGCAUAGAUUUGAUGCUUGGCAUAAUGAGACAAUGGAGGAAGACUGUUGUUCAACAGAUUUGUGCAAUUCUUCUCAUACACUAUCAAAUUCACUAUCACUUCAACUUUUUUCAAUUUUCAUUACAUGUUUAUCUAUUUCUACCAUUAAAAUAAUAAUCUGA